AUGGAUCCCAACAAUUCUUCUAAUUAUCCCAACAAUUCUCAAAAUCCCAACAAUUCCCAAAACUCCAACAAUUAUCAAAACCCCAACAAUUAUCAAAAUCCCAACAAUUAUCAAAAUUCAAAUCAAUUUUUCAAUCAAUAUCCUCAAAACACACCUAAUUUUGGUUUAACACCAAAUUUCAACCAAUCAUCCUUUGUUCCAAAUUUUCAUCCAUAUUAUGGAACUAUGCUGAGAAAUCCAUCUCAAACACCCCCGUUUAAUGGUUACAUGCUGAUGGUUAAUGAAAAUUUUUCGAGUGGUGGUACAACUAACUUUCCCGAAUUUUCAACACAAUUAACUAUUGUUAAUGAAGAUUCAACUCCUGUGAGCAAGAAAAACCAUCAACCAUCAUGGAACACUGAACAAAAUUUGGUGCUAAUUAGUGGGUGGAUCAAAUUUGGAACAAGCAGUGUUGUCGGGAAAAACCAGAAAGGUGAAACAUAUUGGGGUCAAAUUGCUGACUAUUGUAAUGAGCAUUGCUCAUUCGAUCCUCCGCGUGAUGGAGUUGCAUGCCGAAACCGUUUUAAUUAUAUGAACAAAAUACUGGGUAAAUGGAUUGGCGCUUAUGAUGGCGCUAAGCGUCUCCAAGGAAGUGGUUGGUCCGAGAAUGAUGUUUUGGCAAAAGCGCAGGAAAUAUAUGCAUGUGGGAAGAAUGUUCGGUUCACUUUAAUGGAAGAAUGGAAUGCUCUCCGUGAUCAACCACGUUAUAGUAGUCAAGUGGGAUCUGGAAGUAGUGGAUCUAAGAGAUCUCACGAGAGUGAUGCAUGUGGCUCAAACUCUGUAGGAUCUAGUGCUCGUCCUAUAGGUAGGGAUGCAGCCAAAAAGAAGGGAAAAAAGAAAGCUUCCACACCCACAGAGGUGGUGGACAAAGAAUGGGAUACUUACAUGAAAAUGAGGGAGAAAGAGGUGGAACAUUUGUAGUUUCCAAUCAACAAGAGAAAAACAGACUUAAGAAAAUGAAAAUGUAUCUGAAGUUAAGUUCUGAUGAGAAUCUCGAUGACCGGAAGAAAGCCAUGUUGGACACAUUGGCCCAAGAACUGUUUCCAUAAUUAAUUUCAAUCAAUGUAGUGUACCGCGACCAUAUUCAACCGAGGUAUUACCCGCUUUUGCAAAUCAUGUGCGUGCUAGAUCUGAGUUCCGUGAUCAAAAAGCUCAUCACGAAUUGCAAGCAGAUCUAGUGAAGCACAUAUGGACCAAAUUUGGAAUGUUUCAGGAUUAAAGAUGAUUUGUUUCGUAUUUGUGUGUUGUUUCGUAUUUUAAGUUAGUUUGCAUCGUAUUAAUUACGUAACUUGUGUGUUGUAUUGCAUUUUA